GGCUUUAUUGAAGAAAACUUUUUAUACUGCUUCCAUGGCUGAAGGCAAUCACUCAGCAGCAUAUGCAUUCAUCCUCCUGGGGCUCACGGAUGAUCCAGAGCUGCAGGUCAUUCUCUUUGGCGUAUUCCUAAUGGUCUACUUAGUCAGCGUCCUGAGUAAUCUCGGGUUGAUAGUGCUGAUCCAGGUCAGUCCCCAGCUGCACAUGCCCAUGUACUUUUUCCUCAGCCAUCUGGCUUUCAUUGACUUUUGUUUUACCUCCUCUGUCACCCCACACACGCUGGUGAACUUUCUGUAUGCAGUAAAAAGUAUACCAUUUCUUGCCUGUGCCGUUCAGGUGUGCUGCUUCAUCACCUGUGCAGUGUGUGAAAUGUACCUGCUCUCCAUCAUGGCCUACGAUCGCUAUGUGGCCAUCUGCACCCCGCUACUUUAUGUCAUUCUCAUGCCUAGGAAGCUGUGUGUUCAAAUGAUUGCCGGCACAUACGUUUAUGGCUUCGUGGUGGGUCUGGUACAGGCAGUGGCCACAUUCCGCUUGUCUUUCUGUGGCUCCAACGUGAUCAACCACUUCUACUGUGAUGAUGUCCCCUUAAUUGCUCUGGCCUGUUCUGACACUCACCUCAAAGAGUUGAUGCUGCUGAUCAUCGCAGGGUUCAAUACCCUUUGCUCUCUAGUGAUUGUGCUCAUUUCUUAUGCCUUCAUCCUCUUUGCCAUCCUGAGGAUUCAGUCUGCAGAAGGAAGACAGAAAGCAUUUUCUACCUGUGCGUCUCACCUGACCUCCAUCUCAGUAUUUUAUGGGACUGUUAUUUUUAUGUACCUUCAGCCUAAGUCAAGCCAUUCUCUGCACACAGAUAAAUUUGCCUCCGUGUUCUAUGUGGUAGUGAUUCCCAUGUUAAACCCAUUGAUCUACAGCUUGAGAAAUCAAGAGGUAAAAAAUGCCCUGAAGAAAAUUGUGGGAAAGUCAUGUCUGGCUAUCAAAUAA